AUGGCUCUCUCAUGGGUUGCAUACACAUGCAUAGGUAUUCUGAUCGCCUCAGUAUACAUCAGAAAGCGAUUUGGAAAACUCUCUUCCCAGCUUGAAUGCGAUGCACUAGCCGAAAAGCCCGGUCGUGUGAGGCUCGAUGAUGGCUUGACAGCCUCUGCGCGGCAAUUGAGGACAAAGCUCACUGCGGCCAUCCCGCACAUCGUCAUAGGACCCGAGAAAACCGAGGAACAUGAAAAGUCGAUGAAUGGGUACUGGGACCAAAAGGCUUGCGAAGUACCACCAGCGUGUGUCGUACGACCCCGCAAUGUGUGGGAAUUGGCGCAGGCGGUCAAGAUUCUAAGGCGGGAGUUUGAUCUCCGCAGCGAGAGAGCCAAAACAUCCAGAGAAGACGUCGAACCGGUAUUUGCGAUCAGAGGAGGAGGGCACUCUCCCAUUCCCGGUGCGUCGAGCAUCAGAGGCGGCGUGCUCAUCGACCUAUCGCUCUUCAAUGAAGUUACCCCAGCGGAGGGCGGGAAAAGUGUGAUUAUCGGCGCAGGAAAUAGAUGGAUCGAUGUGUACCAAGCCCUCGAAAAAGAAGGCCUUGCAGUAGUCGGGGGACGUAAUGCUGCUGUUGGUGUAUCUGGCCUGACGCUUGGGGGAGGAUUAUCUUUCUUCUCUCCGCGCUAUGGGUUCGUGUGCAACAACAUCCUCGAAUACGAAGUCGUACUUGCAGACGGAUCUAUAGUAACGGCAUCCGAACAUGAGAACCCGAAUCUCUGGAAAGCGCUAAAAGGUGGAGGAAACAAUUUUGGCAUCGUAACACGCUUCACUGCCCGCGCUUUUCCGUCAAAGAAUGUCAUGAGCGGCUUUCUUUACUUACGAUCAUCGCAAGCCCCCAGAGUCUUGUCAUUAUUACAUUCUUUCGUCUCACGCACCAUGUCCGGCGAAGUCAACGAACGAUACGACCCCAAUGCCGCCGGUCCACUCGUAUGCUUUACCUACCUCCAUUCUCUACGCCUCCAAGCCAUCGCCGUAAACCUCGUCCACACAUCCCCCACAGCCAAGCUCCCAGGAUGGCCAGAAAGCUGGCAGAGUUCCGAUUUUACACGACUACGGCGCAUCUGGCACACAUGCAAAGUCCGCAGUCUAAGCGAUGCGACAGACGAGCUGAGUGUCCUGAACCCACCGGGCAGAAGGCAAGAAUUCGCCACUACGACUAUCAAGAAUGACCAGAAGACGCUGGAGGCCGUGCAUGCGGCGUAUCGAGAUGCGAUAGUGAAGAUUAAGAAGUUUCGCAUCAAGGGCAUGAGCUGGACCCUUGUUCUACAGCCUCUGCUCCCAUCAUGGACACACAAAGGCGACUCGAAUCCACUCGGCCUCGACGAAAGCAACGAAGAACCGAUGGUGAUUGUUAGUUUCACCGUCAACUGGGCGUUGAGCAAGGACGACGACAUCGUCCAAACCAUCACUCGCCAAGCUAUCGAGCAAAUCGACACCUUCUCCCUACAAACCGGCACGCACCAUUGUUACCGGUACCUAAACUAUUGCUCAGCAUGGCAGAAGCCCUUUGAAGGCUACGGAGCCGAGAAUCUAGAGUUCCUGCGGCGAGUGAGCAGGGAGGUCGACCCCGAAGGCAUGUUCCAGCGCGGCUGCAACGGUGGAUUUAAACUUGGAAUGCAGUAA